AUGAUCAGGAACGUGUCUCAACACGACGGACCCACCAAGAACCUCUUCAUAGUGCGUACUAAACUAACUCACAGUCUUUAACACUGAUGAGCUUAAUCAUGCUCAGUAUAGAUAUUGGCCAGUGAUGGGCAACUGUCGCCCGCUGCCCCCCUUUUGUAGGCCCGCGGAUCAAUUUCAAAAUGUGUCAUUGCUUCAGCAGUUUUUCACUUGUUAUGUCAGUCAUUGACAGAUGCUCAAUUAUCACUCAGAUAUCAUUAAAAACUGCAAACAUUUCUCUCCACCCUAUGGCAAAAUGUGUAGAAUUGCAGGAAAUUGACUCUAAAACAUACAUUUGUUCUCUCCGCUGUCAAGAGGGGUGCCGCUAAAAUGGACUAGGGCCUGCUCUGACUGCACUUGUGUGGAUAUGGAUGUGGAUAAAAAAUGUUGUGGCUCCCAUCCCUGAUAUAGGCGGAUAAGGCUAGACAGGCUAACAUAUGAUCUGUGUUCUUAUAAUAGUAUUACUGAAUCCAUAGUCUCUCGUGGACAGAUGCACGUAGUAUAAAUGGUAAUAGCGUCUGUCAACAGACUGUCCGUAUGGUGCCAGGAUAACAACCUCUCCUUCAACGUGAUCAAGUCAAAGGAGAUAUGAAAGAUGUGUGCACUCACUAACUGUAAGUCGCUCUGGGUAAGAGUGUCUGCUAAAUGACUAAAAUGUACAUGUAAAAUGAGAUGAUUGUGGACUACAGGAAAAACAAGAGGACCGAGCACGCCCCCAUUCUCAUCGACGGGGCUGUAGUGGAACAGGUUGAGCGCUUCAAGUUCCUUGGUGUCCACAUCACCAACAAACUAUCAUGGUCCAAACACACCAAGACAGUCGUGAAGAGGGCAUGACAAAGCCUAUUCCCCCUCAGUAGACUGAAAAGAUUUGACAUGGGUCCUCAGAUCCUCAAAAAGUUCUACAGCUGCACCAUCGAGAGCAUCCUGACUGGUUGCAUCACUGCCUGGUAUGGCAACUGCUUGGCCUCCGACCGCAAGGCACUACACUACCGGUCAAAAGUAUUAGAACACCUACUCAUUCAACGGUUUUUCAUUAUUUUUUACUAUUUUCUACAUUGUAACUACAUCAAAACUAUGAAAUAACACAUAUGGAAUCAUGUAGUAACCAAACAAAAUUUAAACAACUGAACAUUUAUUUUAUAUUUGAGAUUCUUCAAAUAGCCACCCUUUGCCUUGAUGACAGCUUUGCACACUCUUGGCAUUCUCUCAACCAGCUGCAUGAAGUAGUCACCUGGAAUACAUUUCAAUUUCAAUUUGGUAAAAGACCACAGUGAGGCGAAGACUUUUGGAGGAUGGCCUGGUGUCAAGAAGGGCAGCGAGGAAACCACUUCUCUCCAGGAAAAACAUCAGGGACAGACUGAUAUUCUGCAAAAGGUACAGGGAUUGGACUGCUGAGGACUGGGGUAAAGUCAUUUUCUCUGAUGAAUCCCCUUUCCGAUUGUUUGGGGCAUCCGGAAAAAAGCUUGUACGGAGAAGACAAGGUGAGCGCUACCAUCAGUCCUGUGUCAUGCCAACAGUAAAGCAUCCUGAGACCAUUCAUGUGUGGGGUUGCUUGUUAGCCAAGGGAGUGGGCUCACUCACAAUUUUGCCUAAGAACACAGCCAUGAAUAAAGAAUGGUACCAACACAUCCUCCGAGAGCAACUUCUCCCAACCAUCCAGGAACAGUUUGGUGACGAACAAUGCCUUUUCCAGCAUGAUGGAGCACCUUGCCAUAAGGCAAAAGUGAUAACUAAGUGGCUUGGGGAACAAAACAUCAACAUUUUGGGUCCAUGGCCAGGAAACUCCCCAGACCUUAAUCCCAUUGAGAAUUUAUGGUCAAUCCUCAAGAGGUGGGUGGACAAACACAAACCCACAAAUUCUGACAAACUCCAAGCAUUGAUUAUGCAAGAAUGGGCUGCCAUCAGCCAGGAUGUGGCCCAGAAGUUAAUUGACAGCAUGCCAGGGCGGAUUGCAGAGGUCUUGAAAAAGCAGGGUCAACACUGCAAAUAUUGACUUUUUGCAUAAACUUAAUGUAAUUGUCAAUAAUAGCCUUUGACACUUAUGGAAUGCUUGUAAUUAUACUUCAGUAUACCAUAGUAACAUCUGACAAAAAUAUCUAAAAACACUGAAGCAGCAAACUUUGUGAAGACCAAUACAUGUGUCAUUCUCAAAACUUUUGACCACGACUGUACAUCACUGGGGCCAAGCUUCUUGCCAUCCAGGACCUCUAUACCAGGCGGUGUCAGAGGAAGGCCCUAAAAAUUGUCAAAGACUCCAGCCACCCUAGUCAUAGACUGUUCUCUCUACUACCGCACGGCAAGCGGUACCGGAGCGCCAAGUCUAGGUUCAAAAGGCUUCUUAACAGCUUCUACCCCCAAGCCAUAAGACUCCUGAACAGCUAAUCAUGGCUACCUGGACCAUUUGCAUUGUCCCCCCCCACCCUACCCCCUCUUUUACACAGCUGCUACUCUGUUUAUUAUCUAUGCAUAGUCACUUUAACUCUACCCAUAUGUACAUAUUACCUCAAUUACCUCGACUAACUGGUGCCCCCGCACAUUGACUCUGUACCUGUACCCCCUUUAAAUAGCCUCCCUACUAUUAUUUUAUUUUACUGCUGCUCUUUAAUAAUUUUUUAUUUUAUAUUUUUUACUUAACUUUUUUUCUUAAAACUGCAUUGAUGGUUAAGGGCUUGUAAGUAAGCAUUUCACUGUAAGGUCUAAACCUGUUGUAUUCGGCGCAUGUGGCAAAUAAAAUUUGAUUUGUGGGAUGCAAGACUAACAAUGAACUUUGUUCCGGUACGCAGAUUUUUCGACACUGAUCAUUUGGAUAAAUCAUGAUUUCGCAGGUACUCGCAUCUUUUGAAUUUCGGAAGGGGAGGGGACAUUUGGCCCUGCUUGAAACUUGCAGAUAGGUUCCCUUGGGGUGAAGACUUUGCAAGUCGCAUUAGUUUCCUCCCAGAAUUUAAUUGAUUUUUGUUCUGGGUUUCGGAGCUGACUGAAUCCAUAGCUAUGCUUGUUCUUAUGCUAGUAGCUGAAUCCAUAGCUAGGCUCUAUUGCAGCGGUUCCCAAACUAGGGGUCGCGACCUCAUACAGGGUCGCCAGAAUUUCAAAAAUCCUGGUAAAAAAAAUAAUACCAUAAAGAAAUAUAUUAUAAUAUCGUCUUUGUCUCUCAAAAUCAUUGUAAUGUACAGUUGAAGUCAGAAGUUUACAUACACCUUAGUCAAAUACAUUUACACUCAGAUUUUCACAAUUCCUGACAUUUAAUCCUAGUAAAAAUUCCCUGUCUUAGGUCAGUUAGGAUCACCACUUUAUUUUAAGAAUGUGAAAUGUCAGAAUAAUAGUAGAGAGAAUGAUUUAUUUCAGCUUUUAUUUAUUUCAUCACAUUCCCAGUGGGUCAGAAGUUUACAUACACUCAAUUAGUAUUUGGUAGCAUUGCCUUUAAAUUGUUUAACUUGGGUCAAACGUUUCGAGCAGCCUUCCACAAGCUUCCCACAAUAACUUGGGUGAAUUUUGGCCCAUUCCUCCUCCGCUGGUGUAACUGAGUCAGGUUUGUAGGCCUCCUUGCUCGCAUAUGCUUUUUCAGUUCUGCCCACACAUUUUCUAUAGGAUUGAGGUCAGGGCUUUGUGAUGGCCACUACAAUACCUUGACGUUGUUGCCCUUAAGCCAUUUUGCCACAACUUUGGAAGUAUGCUUGGGGUCAUUGUCCAUUUGGAAGACCCAUUAGCGACCAAGCUUUUAACUUCUUGACUGGUCUUGAGAUGUUGCUUCAAUAUAUCCACAUAAUUUUCCUUCCUCAUGAUGCCAUCUAUUUUGUGAAGUGCACCAGUCCCUCGUGCAGCAAAGCACCCCCACAGCAUGAUGCUGCCACCUCCGUGCUUCACGGUUGGGAUGGUGUUCUUCGACUUGCAAGUUACCCCCUUUUUCCUCCAAACAUAACGAUGGUCAUUAUGGCCAAACAGUUAUAUUUUUGUUUCAUCAGACCAGAGGACAUUUCUCCCAAAAGUACAAUCUUUGUCCCCAUGUGCAGUUGCAAACCUUAGUCUGGCUUUUCUAUGGCGGUUUUGGAGUAGUGGCUUCUUCCUUGCUGAGCGGCCUUUCAGGUUAUGUCGAUAUAGGACUUGUUUUACUGUGGAUAUAGAUACUUUUGUACCUGUUUCCUCCAGCAUCUUCACAAGGUCCUUUGCUGUUGUUCUGGGAUUGAUUUGCACUUUUCGCACCAAAGUACGUUAAUCUCUAGGAGACAGAACGCGUCUCCUUCCUGAGCGGUAUGACGGCUGCGUGGUCCCAUGGUGUUUAUACUUGCGUACUAUUGUUUGUUCAGAUGAACGUGGUACCUUCAGGCAUUUGGAAAUAGCUCCCAAGGAUGAACCAGACUUGUGGAGGUCUACAACUUUUUUUUCUGAGGUCUUGGCUGAUUUCUUUUGAUUUUCCCCAUGAUGUCAAGCAAAGAGGCACUGAGUUUGAAGGUAGGCCUUGAAAUACAUUCACAGGUACACCUCCAAUUGACUCAAAUGAUGUCAAUUAGCCUAUCAGAAGCUUCUAAAGCCAUGACAUAAUUUUCUGGAAUUGUCCAAGCUGUUUAAAGGCACAGUCAACUUAGUGUAUGUAAACUUCUGACCCACUGGAAUUGUGAUACAGUGAAUUACAAGUGAAAUAAUCUGUCUGUAAACAAUUGUUGGAAAAAUUACUUGUGUCAUGCACAAAGUAGAUGUCCUAACCGACUUGCCAAAACUAUAGUUUGUUAACAAGAAAUUUGUGGAGUGGUUGAAAAACGAGUUUGAAUGACUCCAACCUAAGUGUAUGUAAACUUCCGACUUCAACUGUAGUUAACCUUAAAAAUCUAAAUGAAAAUUAUUCAAAUCUAAAAGUUAGGACUUCCGGCGACGAUGUGGUUAGUAGAAGCAGCUAACUAAAGAGGCUGUGUAGCUCCAACUAUAUUUUAACUAAUUAUUCAACGCCUAGUUACACAUUUUGUUAACUAAUUGUCGGUUACAUUGAAAAAGGACUUAGAAACGCACAAAAGCAGACACUUUUGACGAAAACCACGAAAAUGUCGUCUCUACCUGUUCAAGUGGAAAAAUAGUUUAAGGACAAAGAAGGAAGUAUCUUGAUUUUACUUGUAAAGAUUUCAGGACAAAACAUAAUAUUGGGAAAUAGUUAUGCUCUAAAUGAGGAGGACCCAGACUUCUUCUUUCAACUUAACAAAAUAAUACUGGAUUACAAUCAGGCCCCUGAUGCUUUUUUAGAUAAAUCCAAAACUGUUCUAACCAGGACCUCAAGAAGCAAUUAAAACACUGUGUAAAGAUGCUGGUCUUUAUGAUAUAUGGAGAUUGAUCAAUCCAACCUCUCGUGAUUACACAUUCUUUUCAAAUAGGCACACUGUUUAUUCACGCAUCGACUACUUUCUGAUCUCACACCCUCAUAGAUAAAUGUGGUGCUUGCAGUGUGGGCACGAUAGCUAUGACAGAUCAUGCACCCAUUGAUCUGACUGUUGGAAUAGGAGAAGAAAGAGGAAAAUUAAAAGGUUGGCGAAUGAACACCAGCCUUUUACAGGACAAGGCGUUUUGUGAAUUCCAUAAAACACACAUUAUGAUAUUAUUUGAAACAAACAACAAUAGUGCAAAACGGGUACAUGUCUGGGAAGCUUUUAAAGCAUACAUACGUGGAGUAAUGAUUAAACGAUCAGCUACUAUUAAGAAACUAGAUAAACAGAAAAUUGAGAAACUUGAAACAGAGCUCAAAACGCUGGAGAGGGAAUAUUGGUCCAAUCCUAUCAACAUUUCUCUGGUAAAUCUGACGAAAACCAAAUACGAGCUGAAUACUUUAUUCAGUAAAAAAGCUGAAUAUUCACUGUACAGGCUGAAGCAGAGAUGGUACGAAUCAGGUGAAAUGACAGGAAAACUGUUAGCCAGUCAAUUGAAAUCUAGAGAAACAGAUAAGUAUGUGGAAUCAGAAAUAAGACAGGCAAGCUGAUUACCAAUCAUAAAGAAAUAAACAAUAUAUUUUGAGACUUCUAUCAGGAACUUUAUACUUCAGACGGUCCUUUAGAUAUGCAGAAAGCAGAGGCAUUCUUUCAGAAUUUGAACCUUCCUAAACUAACAGAGGAAGACAUGAAUUGGCUCGACCGCCCUGUUACUUUGGAGGAAUUGACCGAAACUAUAAGACAAGCACCCAGUGGUAAAACUCCAGGGUUGGAUGGGAUACCCAGUGAUUUCUAUAAAAGGUUUGCAGAGCAGCUUAGCCCAGAAAUAUUUAAACAUUUAAUACAUUGAUUGACACAGUUGAGCUCCCACCUUCUAUGAGUGAUGCAGUAAUCACCCUAAUCCUCAAAAAGGGAAAGGAUCCCCAUGAGUGUGGGAGCUACCGUCCAAUUUCUUUUAUAAAUUGUGAUGGAAAGUAGUUUACAAAACUUCUGGCUAUGAGGGUAAAUCAAAUCAUUAAGAAAAAUCCAGACCAGGUGGGAUUUGUAAAAGGCAGAACUUCAUCUGAUAAUCUUAGACACCUAUUGCAUGUCAUCUGGAAGGCAAAAUAUUUGGAUACUUCAGUGGCAGCCUUAUCCCUAAAUGCAGAAAAAGUGUUUGAUAGGGUGGGCUGGGACAACCUGCAUUAUACAAUAAAUACAUUUGGAUUUGGACAGGGCUGUCAGAAUAUUAUUAAACUUAUGUACAACGACCCCAAAUCCAUGGUAGUCACUAACGGACUACGAUCAUCUCCAUUUUCAGUAGGACGAGGCACAAGACAAGGUGACUGUCCCUCGCCCCUCCAAUUUAUUCUAGCAUUAGAACCAUUAGCCGAAGCCAUUAGGCUGCAUCAGUCAAUCAAAGUGGUUAAUAUGGCAGGUAGGGAGAAUAAACUACUGCUUUAUGCAGACUACAUAUUACUAUUAAUGUCAGACCCCCAACUCUCCACACUGCUUUUACUGGACCUUAUGCAUUCUCAGAGAUAUCGGGCUAUAAAGUAAACUGGACCAAAUCUGAGUUAAUGCCCCUAUCAAAACAUUGUCUGAGAAACGACUUCCUCAACUGGAGGUUUCAAUGGGUCCCUAAAAACUUGAGGUACCUGGGGAUCGCUUUAAAUCCUGGUCUAGAGAACAUGAUUUCUGAAAACCUUGACCCACUAUUGAACAAAAUCCAACUCCAGUUUAAGAACUGGGAUAAGCUACAAAUCUCGCUAUGGGGUAGGAUACAGGUUAUAAAGAUGGUCAUAGCUCCUAAACUGAAUUACGUAAUCAGCAUGUUACCAUUAUCCAUACCUGUCUAUACUUUUAAAUCCAUCGACAAAAUUAUUACUGAUUUUAUUUGGGCCGGUAAAAGGGCCAGGAUGAAACUAGUGAGAUUACAGGCAAAGAUUGAGAAGGGAGGAUUAAAGCUCCCUAACAUGCAAUUAUAUCAAGAAGCCUUUGUGGCUGCCCAAAUAGGUGUUAAGAUAGAAAUCCUAUGCAAAUUACCACAUACCGCAGGGCUUAUAUAUAGCCACCUUUAUAGGUGCAUUUAAUGGAACUUGUGAGGGCCUAAAGGCCUUAUGGGAAAAAGACUUGGAGGUAACAUUUGGAGAGGAGGAAUGGAAUAUAAUAGUACAACAGAUUAUCCUCCCUAUGAGAGAUGCCCGGUCCAAGCUGAUUCAAUUUAAAGUGUUCAGUAGGAUUUAUUGGACUCCCCUGAGGUUGAACAGAAUGGGUUUGAUAGAAUUCAACCUAUGCUGGAGAUGUCAGUCAAGUACAGGUGACAUGAUCCAUAUGUUCUGUAACUGUCCAAGCUUGCAUACCUUUUGGCAGAAGUUAAUGGAAAAGAUUGGGGAUAUUCUGUAUUCGGAAUAUUUGAAGAAUUGUGGUACCCAGAAUAUCCCCAAUCUUUUCCAUUAACUUGCGGUAUGUGGUAAUUUGCAUAGGAUUUUAUCUUAACACCUAUAUCGGAAUGUACUGGGAAUUUGUUGUUGUUUUGUCCUACCUUAAACAUACAACCUCUAAGCUGGAGAUACCUCCAAAAGUCUUGUUUCUGUAAAUUAUACUUGGACAUUAGUUCUUCAAAAGAGGUCAAAGUGUUUUCUUGAUACAGACAACCAAUGUUCUUUAUCCCCUUUCUAUACCAAUGUUUCCAGAAAACCAUGUGUCCCCCGAUUUUCAAUUUAGGGUUGUUCCAUAACAAAGCAGAGCUCGUCAAGAAAGGUGAAGAUCUCUCUCUCAUGAAUCUGGCUCCAUAUAUUUUUAGUAUGGGACAUUACUGGAUUCUGCAGUCCCAAUUUUUGUUGACUCAAAUAAUCUGAUGCGCCAAAUGGGGCAUUAAGUUCCUCUUCCAUGUCCACCCAGAAGAACAAUACUUGCAAAUCCUGCUUUGUUAUUACUGAAUAUCACUAAGGAUAUUGAUAGACUGAGAAGCCCAUGUUUAAACUGGCUAAAAGUUGCUCCAACCACAGCCAAAAUAGUAAUAUUGACACACUGGAGGGAGAAGGACCCUCCCUCAUAUAAGGAAUGGUACAGUGAGGGAAAAAGUAUUUGAUCCCUUGCUGAUUUUGUACGUUUGCCCACUGACAAAGACAUGAUCAGUCUAUAAUUGUAAUGGUAGGUUUAUUUGAACAGUGAGAGACAGAAUAACAACAACAAAAAUCCAGAAAGAACGCAUGUCAAAAAUGUUAUGAAUUGAUUUGCAUUUUAAUGAGGGAAAUAAGUAUUUGACCCCUCUGCAAAACAUUAUUUAGUACUUGGUGGCAAAACCCUUGUUGGCAAUCACAGAGGUCAGACGUUUCUUGUAGUUGGCCACCAGGUUUGCACACAUCUCAGGAGGGAUUUUGUCCCACUCCUCUUUGCAGAUCUUCUCCAAGUCAUUAAGGUUUCGAGGCUGACGUUUGGCAACUCGAACCUUCAGCUCCCUCCACAGAUUUUCUAUGGGAUUAAGGUCUGGAGACUGGCUAGGCCACUCCAGGACCUUAAUGUGCUUCUUCUUGAGCCACUCCUUUGUUGCCUUGGCCGUGUGUUUUGGGUCAUUGUCAUGCUGGAAUACCCAUCCACGACCCAUUUUCAAUGCCCUGGCUGAGGGAAGGAGGUUCUCACCCAAGAUUUGACGGUACAUGGCCCCGUCCAUCGUCCCUUUGAUGCGGUGAAGUUGUCCUGUCCCCUUAGCAGAAAAACACCCCCAAAGCAUAAUGUUUCCACCUCCAUGUUUGACAGUGGGGAUGGUGUUCUUGGGGUCAUAGGCAGCAUUCCUCCUCCUCCAAACACGGCGAGUUGAGUUGAUGCCAAAGAGCUCGAUUUUGGUCUCAUCUGACCACAACACUUUCACCCAGUUCUCCUCUGAAUCAUUCAGAUGGUCAUUGGCAAACUUCAGGCGGGCAUGUAUAUGUGCUUUCUUGAGCAGGGGGACCUUGCGGGCGCUGCAGGAUUUCAGUCCUUCACGGCGUAGUGUGUUACCAAUUGUUUUCUUGGUGACUAUGGUCCCAGCUGCCUUGAGAUCAUUGACAAGAUCCUCCCGUGUAGUUCUGGGCUGAUUCCUCACCGUUCUCAUGAUCAUUGCAACUCCACGAGGUGAGAUCUUGCAUGGAGCCCCAGGCUGAGGGAGAUUGACAGUUAUUUUGUGUUUCUUCCAUUUGCAAAUAAUCGCACCAACUGUUGUCACCUUCUCACCAAGCUGCUUGGCGAUGGUCUUGUAGCCCAUUCCAGCCUUGUGUAGGUCUACAAUCUUGUCCCUGACAUCCUUGGAGAGCUCUUUGGUCUUGGCCAUGAUGGAGAGUUUGGAAUCUGAUUGUCUAUCAAAUUAAUGUUUAAUGCCAAUUGUAAUUCAAUUGCAUUGUUGUUAUAUUGUGAAAGGAAACAAUAAAAACUAUAAUUACAAAUCUAAAAGUUAUAUUUCAACCAGAGAGCACCCUUAGAUCGUGGUAAAUGGCCGCACUUGACCGUUGCACUUGAAUCAUUCCCACGGUGAAUGGCUAAGCCCGCUACGCUAUGAAACCACACACUAUUGCAGAGACUUUGAUAUUACCGGCCGCAGUUGAUAUGGUGAAAACAAUGUGUGGGGAGGCAGAGGCACAUAAACCCACAUCAAUACCUUUGUCAGAUAACACUGUGAAACUAAGAAUUUAUGCUAUAUCUAGCAAUCAAGAGGAAACUGACUGAACGACUAAAAAACUUGUUAGCUGUGAGGGCCGAGAUGCAUUGACUUUUGUUCGCUACAUGUCGGGGGAUGCUAUAUGAGCAUGAAACGGCACAGGGGAUGUUCAGUUUGCUCCGUGGCUAUAUUGAUGAAAAACUGAUUCUAUGGGAUUGAAUGGUGGGCUUUUGCACAGACGGGACAACGGGCAGGCCUCUGCACUCUAGUUAUGAAUGUGUUUCACUGGCGGCUGAGGCUGCUCCUUUGGCGUAUGGACGCAUUGUAUGAUACACCCACUCAGCAAUUGCCAAGAAACUGAAGAUCUCGUACAACGCUGUGUACUACUCCCUUCACAGAACAGCGCAAACUGGCUCUAACCAGAAUAGAAAGAGGAGUGGGAGGCUCCGGUGCACAACUGAGUAAGAGGACAUAUACAUUAGAGUGUCUAGUUUGAGAAACAGACGCCUCACAGGUCCUCAACUGGCAGCUUCAUUAAAUAGUACCCGCAAAACACCAGUCUCAAUGUCAACAGCGAAGAGGCGACUCCAGGAUGCUGACCUUCUAGGCAUUUACAUUUUACAUUUUAGUCAUUUAGCAGACACUCUUAUCCAGAGCGACUUACAGGAGCAAUUAGGGUUAAGUGCCUUGCUUAAGGGCACAUCGACAGAUUUUUCACCUAGUCGGCUCGGGGAUUAGAACCAGCGACCUUUCGGUUACUGGCACAACGCUCUUACCCACUAAGCUACCUGCCUCCCUAGGCAGAGUUGCAAAGAAAAAGCCUUAUCUCAGACUGGCCAAUAAAAAGAAAAGAUUAAGAUGGGCAGAAGAACACAGACAUUGGACUUUUUCUUUGCAACUCUGCCUAGAAGGUCAUCAUCCCGGAGUCGCCUCUUCACUGUUGACGUUGAGACUGGUGUUUUGCAAUUUCUCACAUGGAAUAGCCUUCAUUUUUCAGAACAAGAAUAGACUGACGAGUUUCAGAAGAAAGUAAUUUUUUUCUGGCCAAUUUGAGUCUGUAAUCGAACCCACAAUUGCUGAUGCUCCAGAUACUCAACUAGUCUCAAGAAGGCCAGUUUUAUUGCUUCUUUAAUCAGCACAACAGUUUUCAGCUGUGCUAACAUAAUUGCAAAAGGGUUUUCUAAUGAUCAAUUAGCCUUUUAAAAUGAUAAACUUGGAUUAGCAAACACAACGUGCCAUUAGAACACAGGACUGAUGGUUGCUGAUAAUGGGCCUCUGUACGCCUAUGUAGAUAUUCCAUAAAAAAUCAGCCGUUUCCAGCUACAAUAGCCAUUUACAACAUUAAUAAUGUCUACACUGUAUUUCUGGUCAAUUUGAUGUUAUUUUACUGGACAAGAAAAUUGCUUUUCUUUCAAAAACAAGGACAUUUCUAAGUGACCCCAAACUUUUGAACGGUAGUGUAUGUUGAUGCUAAUGUUAUGCUAAUGAUAAUGCUAACAAUAGCAUAAUAUAUUCAAUAUGCUGUGGGCUGUUGUCUUUUAACAGUUGCGCUCAAUUCAUUCUGAUUAACCUAGCAAUUACGACACACCCCUCACUAUUGUCAUUGGUUGCACUAAUUGCACCGUUUGUCUACAUAACCAGGUUCAAGCAUUCAUGACAUUACCCUGAAGAAGGCACAGUGAUGCUGAAACGUUGGUGGUUUCUUACCCAAUAAAUUACUGGGAGUUUAUACAUAGAGUGUGACUCUCUCUAUUUGUUUUUAUAGUUUACAUUUUCUCCUUGCCUAUUUAACAGACAUAUUUGGGAAGCUGAUCGAGCUGUCAUGUGACCAAAUGCUGCAGACAACGCAUUCAUGGGUCAAUAUGGAUGAGUUUUGGUUCCUAACUCAAAGGGAAUAGGGUGCUGUCUCCUUCCAAGCAUUAAGACUCAUAUUACGUUGAUUCAGUGCUUUCGUCUGCAUUGAAAAUACAUAUUUGUCCAGUUUGAAUGUGACCGGAGAGAUGAGGUGCACACUGUUGACCACGCCCCCUGACUUUGAGAAGCUCUGACGCGACAUGCAUCAAGCACACCCAUCUCAUUAGUGGUGGUGAGAUAAGAUACAUUAUGUCAGACAAAUUUGCAAUUGACUGCAAUAGCCCCAAUUAAAGAAGUUAACGUUGGCUGUUCAUUUCUUUUCACAUGGUUGGGGUCGUGAGAAUUUUCAUAUCAAAAUGGGGUCGUGGGCCAAAAAGGUUUGGGAGCCCCUGCUCUAUUGGAACAGAACAUUGUGGUGUUGGACCCUGACCUCUGUCUCUAUGGUAACUGACCUCCCUUUCGUCCCCCCUCAGGACUAUGUAGGUGACCUGGCUGCUCAGAUGGGAGGGGAGGAGAGGGAAGAGUAUGUGAUUGAGUGUCUGGGGACCCUGGCUAACCUCACCAUUCCUGACCUGGACUGGGAAAUGGUGCUGAAGGAGUACAACCUGGUGCCCUACCUCAAAUACCUCCUCAAACCAGGUAGGCCUCAAAGACCUCCUCAAACCAGGUAGGCCUCAAAGACCUCCUCAAACCAGGUAGGCCUCAAAGACUGCCUCAAACCAGGUAGGCCUCAAAGACCGCCUCAAACCAGGUAAUGAGGGAGGGAGGGAGAGAGAAAAGGGGGGAGGGAGGACUGGUGUUGCAACUUACAGGUGCAUUCAGCCUGAAGUAUUUGAGAGAAGCAAAUACUGUACGGCCAUACCACAAGUUUUACAUUUUUAACAAAUUCUAUCCCAUGGCUUUCUCCAACCCCAACCUCUAACCCAUAACCUUCAUCACUCUAUCAGUGUCACUGACUGAUCCUACAUCAUUGAAUGAUGUCAGCAGUCACACAAGUACAGUGAUCACACACACACACACAGUGACUUCUCCCUUCUCAGCUUUGAUCUCUGACCCCUGACUUCUGCCCCCACCAGGCUCGGCAGAGGAUGACCUGAUCCUAGAGGUGGUGAUCAUGAUGGGGACAGUGUCCAUGGACGACUCCUGUGCUGCCAUGAUGGCCAAGUCUGGCAUCAUCCCUGCCCUCAUCGAGCUGCUCAACGGUAGGUAGUAGGUAGGGCCCAGGCCUGCACAUGCUGGAGGGAGGGUUAUCCUACUAAAAUGCCUGCAAGUUAUGAUCAAACUGACAUGCUAUGUGAGCUACAAUAUGAGGAGUAAUGAUGAUACAAGUACUUAUCUGAAAUCUAUGAUACAAUAUACAGUACAUCGACUUGUAUUAGCUUGCUUGUUGAGGGAUUGUAUGUACAGUAUUUCUGUGUAUGAGCCCAACAGGAGGACAAUGAGUUUGUGUGUCAGAUCGUCUGUUUCAUCUCUCUCUCCCUAUAGCCAAACAGGAGGACGAUGAGUUUGUGUGUCAGAUUGUCUAUGUGUUCUACCAGAUGGUGUUCCACCAGGCCACCAGGGAUGUCAUCAUCAAGGACACACGUAUCCUCCCUCUUACAACAAACCUCAAUAUUUCUCAGGAUACCUCAAUAUAUCCCAGUUUACUUCAAUAUAUCCCAGUUUACCUCAAUAUAGCCUAGUUUACUGCAAGAUACCUCGGUAUACCUCAAUAUACCACAAUAUACCUACAUUAACCAUGAUAUAGACCUCAGCCCAAAUAACCCUAAAAUAUCUUCCUAAAUGGCUUUCAAUGUAGUUCUUAUUUAUUUAACCUGUCUUUAAAUUGUGUUACCAUGGUAACCAACAGUUUCACCCUAUAUCCCAUCUGCUUCUUUCAAUGUGUGUUUCCACGGCAACCUCAGUUACCCUGUCCAUGACCUCAGUGCUCCACACUGCACAGUCGUGAUCUGAGACGGCAGGCAUACAAUUACAAAUAGCUUGCAGUAAUACUGUAUUUGAUAGAUGUUUUCAUUCUAUGGAGAAUAUUAGAGGGAUCUCUGCCAAAUGGUCUGCCUUGGGAGAGUUAUUCUGAUUUACAAUAUCUCUCUCUCAUCACAGGAAAUGUAAGAGUUGUUCGUUUGGCCGCGGGGCAACUGUCUCGUGUCUGCUUUCUAUAAAUUAAAGAGCAAAAGCAGAGUCUUUCUCUCAUUACUUUCUCCCUCCAAUACCAUAACGUAACUGUGAUCUUGAUUAAAGAGAUACUGUUGAAUGAUGUGUUUGAGUAGAAGGAACAGCAAAAUGAUCCAAAAUAAGUGUAGAAUGCAUCCCUCCCUUUCUCUGUUGUCCUCUCCUUAACUCCCUCUCUCCAGAGGCUCCCGCCUACCUCAUUGACCUGAUGCACGACAAGAACGCCGAGAUACGCAAAGUCUGUGACAACACAGCUGGACAUCAUCGCUGUAAGUAUCUAUCUAUCUAUCUAUCUAUCUAUCUAUCUAUCUAUCUAUCUGUUUAGUGAAAUCGUAUGCAGUAAGCAAUCCCCUCCAUUCGUUCAUUUUUGUAGAACGCUUCCUCUAUUCUGAUUUAUCAGCUGUUGUCAAACACGUCUGAAAAGACAAUUCUCUUCCUCAAUAGUGUGCAGCGAAUUCUACUAGAAAUGAGUAUGGCAUCCUGACAUUUAAAGCAUGCUCAAUUUUCAAAAUUUCACAUAGUAUAAAACGUUCUAUUUUUGCAUACCCAAAAAGCCUACUAUUUAGAACGUAAGUAUGGGCAUUCUGACAUUUUCUUCCCAUUCAUUUCUAACUGAAACUGGCCAAAAUUCUGCUUUUCCUGAUUUUCUAUGUUUUCCUGAUCCCAUCAGUCAUUAAAACUAAAUACAAAAGUAAUUAAAACUCGUUUUUUAACCACUCCACAAAUUUCUUGUUAACAAACUAUAGUUUUGGCAAGUCGGUUAGGACAUCUACUUUGUGCAUGACACAAGUAAUUUUUCCAACAAUUGUUUACAGACAGAUUAUUUCACUUAUAAUUCACUGUAUCACAAUUCCAGUGGGUCAGAAGUUUACAUACACUAAGUUGACUGUGCCUUUAAACAGCUUGGAAAAUUCCAAAAUGAUGUCAUGGCUUUAGAAGCUUCUGAUAGGCUAAUUGACAUAAUUUGAGUCAAUUGGAUGUGUACCUGUGGAUGUAUUUCAAGGCCUACCUUCAAAUUAUUUGCUUAACAUCAUGGAAAAAUCAAAAGAAAUCAGCCAAAAAUAUUGUAGACCUCCACAAGUCUGGUUAAUCCUUGGGAGCAAUUUCCAAACGCCUGAAGGUACCACGUUCAUCUGUACAAACAAUAGUAUGCAAGUAUAAACCCCAUGGGACCACGCAGCUGUCAAAAAAAAAAAAAAUAUAUAUAUAUAUAUACCGCUCAGGAAGGAGACGCGUUCUGUCUCCUAGAGAUGAACGUACUUUGGUGUGAAAAGUGAAAAUCAUCCCAAAACAACUGCAAAGGACCUUGUGAAGAUGCUGGAGGAAACAGGUACAAAAGUAUCUAUAUCCACAGUAAAACAAGUCCUAUAUCGACAUAACCUGAAAGGCCGCUCAGCAAGGAAGAAGCCACUGGUCCAAAAACGCCAUAAAAAAGCCAGACUACGGUUUGCAACUGCACAUGGGGACAAAGAUCGUACUUUUUGGAGAAAUGUCCUCUGGUCUGAUGAAAAAAAUAUAUAACUUUUUGGCCAUAAUGACCAUCGUUAUUUUUGGAGGAAAAAGGGGGUAGCUUUCAUUCCGAAGAACACCAUCCCAACCAUGAAGCACGGGGGUGGCAGCAUCAUGCUGUGGGGGUGCUUUGCUGCAGGAGGGACUGGUGCACUUCACAAAAUAGAUGGCAUCAUGAGGAAGGAAAAUUAUGUGGAUAUAUUGAAGCAACAUCUCUAGACAUCAGUCAGGAAGUUAAAGCUUGGUCGCAAAUGGGUCUUCCAAAUGGACAAUGACCCCAAGCAUACUUCCAAAGUUGUGGCAAAAUGGCUUAAGGACAACAAAGUCAAGGUAUUGGAGUGGCCAUUACAAAGCCCUGACCUCAAUCCUAUAGAAAAUGUUUGGGCAGAACUGAAAAAGCGUUUGCGAGCAAGGAGGCCUACAAACCUGACUCAGUUACACCGGCUCUGUUAGGAGGAAUGGGCCAAAAUUCACCCAACUUAUUGUGGGAAGCUUGUGGAAGGCUACCCGAAACGUUUGACCCAAGUUAAACAAUUUAAAGGCAAUGCUACCAAAUACUAAUUGAGUGUAUGUAAACUUCUGACCCACUGGGAAUGUGAUGAAAGAAAAAAAAAGCUGAAAUAAAUCACUCUACUAUUAUUCUGACAUUUCACAUUCUUAAAAUAAAGUGGUGAUCCUAACUGACCUAAAACAGGGAAUUUUUACUAGGAUUAAAUGUCAGGAAUUGUGAAAAACUGAAUUUAAAUGUAUUUGGUUAAGGUGUAUGUAAACUUCCGACUUCAACUGUAUGUCUCUAAUGGUAAAAUUUUGGUUGACUGGGUCUGGUAAAUCAAAUUCCUGUGUGGUUAAGUCCCAGUCAUGGUGUGAUCUGUCACAGGCCUGAGAUCAGUGUAAUUAGCUAUAGAUUACAGCCGGGCUGUGGAGCGGGUAGUGGGGGAGAGGAAGUGUUUCAUUGAAAUUAUCAGUGAGAACUAUUAAGAUGUGAACCACAUGAAAGACCAGGACAGGCUCUGGAGAGUGUCUUGGCAGGAUGCAGUAGGUGAGAGAGAAAGCAGACCCUACACACACACACACACACACACACACACACACACACACACACACACACACACACACACACACACACACACACACACACACACACACACACACACACACACACACACACACACACACACACACACACACACACACACACACACAAACAAUCAUUAGUCUUCAGAGCUGCAGGCUACCUUAGAAGCACACGCCAUGAUUGUCCGUUCUUGAAUGUUUCCUAUUUGAUCAAUGUGUCCACACACACACACCCCACAGAGAGAGAGAAACCUACGUAUAGAUGGUUUUUCUAGGUCAGACAGAAGGGUAAUUCAUGAGAAUAAUUCUUAGAUUCAGGUUUUCUCUGAGGAGGAACAUUGGAAAUGCCAUGAGUACUGUUUAAUAUCGGCUGGCUCCUUCCCUCUGAGACGUCAUUAGCUCAGCUCUCUCGUUAUGAUGGAUUAAGCUUCAUAUCAAACCCUUACUACAGACUAAUGGUCCAGGGGAAGUCAGCUGUGUAGUCAUUAAACCACUUUAGCCAUGUGAUAAAUCUGCAGCUUGACAAAAAGUUUCACUGCCACUUUGGGGACGGAGAGCGGCCCUGAGAUGCGACAAUGGGCCCGUUUGAGGCCUGGGCCUUGGGUGGCUGUCAGUGCCCAGGGGGCUCUGCUUUGCGUCUGGAUGAUUAAUUUGCUGGGCCUGGCCGCGUGGAGCACAGCGGCUCAAAGAGAGCCUUUCUCCCAAAUGGCCCACGCAGAGAAAGGAAAACAGAAUCUGUGUUCCUCCUCAGCCUUCCUCGGCCAAGCUCCACACACAAACACACACACACAGCCCCAUCGCAGUCUCAUCCUUCUCACCACGCCAGGUUUUUAUUAGUAACCGCAUCAGUAGGGUGCAGGCUCACAGAGCAGUAUAUUGUGAGAUGCUCUAGUAGUCUGUGGAGGAUCUGGCCCUCCCUGCUGGGAUGGACCAAUAUGGCGGUCAGGGGUCCGGCUGGUCCCCCAGCCCUACCUGACUCCCUGCCAGCCACUCUUCUACAGCUAAUUACACGUUUAGUUCAGUUUGGUGGCCUCUCUCACCGUUUACACAGAGUGUAUCUGUUUGCUACUAAGGCUGGGAUUCAAUCAAUUGAAGAUGGUGGAUUUCCAUAUAGCGCUUUCAGCGUGUGUGCGUGCCUGCCUGUGUGCUUAUAUGCAUGUGUAUGACUCAGUCUGUUUGUUUAUCUGUGUGUGUGAACCUCCAGUAACCCUUACUCCUCUCUCUUGCGCUCUCUCUCUUGCUCUCUCUCUUGCUCUCUCUCUCUUGCUCUCUCUCUCUCUUGCGCUCUCUCUUGCUAUCUCUCUUGCUAUCUCUCUUGCUCUCUCUCUCUCUCUCUUCCUGCUGUAGGAGUAUGAUGAAGAGUGGGGGAGGAAGAUCCAGAGUGAGAGGUUCCGCUGGCACAACUCCCAGUGGUUAGAGAUGGUGGAGAACAGAGCCAUGGGAGACGAUGGAGAACCAUUCAUGUACGGAGAUGACGGGGAACCUUUCAUGCACAACGGAGACAUUCUGGAGAGACCCGACCUCUUCUACAGUGCAGGUACGGAGUGACGUAGGGAGGGAGGUAGAGAAGGAGGGAGGGAGGGAGGGAGGCAGAGACAUUCUGCAGAGACCCAACCUCUUCUAUAGUGAAGGGAGGGAGGGAGGGAGGGAGGGAGGGAGGGAGGGAGGGAGGGGGAGGGAGGGAGGGAGGGAGGGGAGUGGGUUGAGCCAUGUUUUACAUUCAGCAUAACUCCGUCAAGGGAAAUAUAGUCUUCUUUCUAACAAAGAUAUCUACAUAUAUUUCAGGAUGUUGUGUGUCCCUGGAAAUAAUCAGAAGUCAUGUAAACAUUACAGUUUUGAAAACAUAGCUUGUGGUCUCUUGGCACAAUUUAAAAGGGAAAGUUAAGCCACCUACACAUUUCUGUACUUUAUUUCCCAAACAAAAUUCAACACAUUCACAAUCACUUUUUGUCUUUUAAUCAUUUUAAGCAUCUUUUAACAUAGGCUUAACACCUAACAAACACUUUGUACUUUUUUAAACACUUAACAUACAUUGGCCAGGUCCUGUUGUUACCUCAUUUCCCAGUGAUAAUGCCUUGCAUUAUGCCUGGGAAGGAAACACUUCAAUUUGCUCAACUUGCCAUUGGCUCAACCAUUGGAUCAACUUACGAAAGGCAAACAUUUUGAAUAUAUUAACCCACACAGGUUUAGGACCUCAUUGAAGCUUACCCCAACUGUUGUAUAGAAAAAAUGCAAAUGAUCAACUUGGGUUUAGAUACAAGCAUCAUGACACCUCUAACACAAUAAAUUAAUUUGGCUUGGUGAAAAUACGUUUUUUGGACCUAACUUGCUUACCACUUUUUCCAUGUGGUUACUUCCUUCACAGACUCCAUGAAAUGAUGACCUCUUCCUAAAUAUUUGGCCAAAUUAUUAAUUUUCUGUAUGGUUUCCUGGAAACAAGGGUGGCUCAACUUACCCCACUCUCCCCUACAGAGGGAGGGAGGUAGAGAAGGAGGAAGGGAGGCAGUGAGCUGACCUCUUCUACAGCGCAGGUACAGAGAGAAAGAGGAGGGAGGGAGGGAGGGAGGGAGAGGGGUACAGAGUGAGAGUGCUACUGUAGAGACUCAACCUCUUCGACAGCGCAGGUACAGAGAGCAUGGAUGAAGUGAGAUGAGGUGUAGAGACAUUCAACAGUAAAUUUGUCUCUAACUUAGAGUUGUAUGUCUCUCUCCCCAGAUGGGAUCAUCCCAGCAGACGGUACCAUCAGCCCAGAGUUCUUCAUAGACUACCAGAAUGGAGACAUGGGCCAGGCUAGAGGCUUCCCAGGC